AUGGGCCUUGUCGUUAUGCAGGCGGAGCGCACGGCGGCAAAUGAGGCUGAAGAAAACGCGUCGCCCGUCGUGCCGGCCGAGCUUGUCAAGUCGAGCAUUGACGAGAAUGACCAUACGACCGAGCUCAACGACCCCUGUGACCAGAUCUGCGCAGGUGGACCGUUCGAGCUUUUGCGUCGGUUUUGUGUCGGCUUGGCUACCGCGCUCCCCAACACGACGUCGAUCGAGUCCGACUUUUCCAUUCUCAAGUGGGAAAAGGACGCGUAUCGCGAGAACCUCCUCGACCUCUCCUUGGAGGGCAUCUUCCAGGCGAAGCAAUUCGACCUGCAGGGCUCGUUGUGA